AUGUCCUCUCCAAUGGUCUUUGAGCUCCCGGCGAGCGGACCCGUCCCCCUGCCCCACCAUGCCGAAGACGAAGCCCGAGAGCAGAGCCCGUCCAAGAAGCGUUCGGCGGAUGUCCUCGAGAACCUUACACCGCGCCAGAAGAAAGCGCGUACGGACGCUCUGGAAAGAGAACGCCGUCGCUACGAGAAACUCAAGGCGGAUCCCCUCUGUCAUGUCAGCCCGACGUGCGGACAGUCCGUCCAGUGCGACCGGUGCGGCGCACGCAUCAAGUUGUCGGACAAGAACAACUACGACGCUCAGCACUGGACCAAGCACCGUGGCGUCUGCAAGAAAUGGUCCGACGCUGACGCAGCGGCAAGGCGCGCGAUGAGCAGCCUGGGGCGGCGCAAGACAUCCUGCACCCCAGAGCUGACUGUGGACGGCGCGUCCGAGGGGACGAGUUUAUCCGUCAAGAGCGAGCCCGCCUCGUCCCGCGCCCCCUCGCCAUCUCCAUCGACGACCCCUUGGCUAGACCAGCGCCGGCAUUUCGAGACCCAGCCACUGGAUGCGCCCGCUACGUGCGCGGGGUACAUGGCUAUCGCGCAUCCCGAUAUCGCCACUGUCCCAGCAUGUACAAGCUAUCCGGACCUGCUGGAACAGAUGCAGGCGUGGACACCGGCGCGUCUGAGACAGCCGGUCUGUUUUGGUGCCCCAGAGGUGGACCCGAUGAAGCUCGCCCUGCGCACCCCCGCGCAAUGGCAUGGGGACUGGUCACACGAGCCCGAGUCCGACUAUGACUCGGAUGGGGACGACAUGCAAAUCGAUCCUGCACUCGUGUAG